AUGCCGUUCGCUUCUUCCGUAGGUUCGGUCAACGACCCCAUAAGCUUCGACGCAUCCCUUUGUUCAUCUGCAUUGGAUAGCCCACCUACGGCCGAGCUCUUCUUCGACCUUUCCAAUGGAAAGGAGGACGGACGAAUUCUCAUUCCUUCCUGGGGCACCUCCUUCGACAUCACUCGCAAGAAUGGGGCCAGUUCCUGGAAAAUGAGCUCAUCUCUCACGGACUAUGCACCCCUUGCUGCGUUUAAAGAACAAUGGUGGCGACGAUCCUUUGAGAUUACAGAACAAGGCCGUCGCUAUAUAUUAGCCCCGAGCAAGACCUGCGGCUCUGACUUUGUCGUCAGGGCCGUUGAAAUGGAAGUCGAACUUUACGGCGGGAAGGGCCUUGGCGAAGUCGUGGGUGAACUUAAAAUGAAAUGCAAGCGUGAAUGGAAGUACGACGUCAAAUUCGACGAGACUGUUGGGAGGAGGUUGCCCGCGUUUUGCUUCUGGCUCGUUACUAUGAUGAACAGGAGACAGUUCAUGCGCGAUGUCUUUGAGUGGCAGUUUGGCCAGGCCAUGAACUCCUCACUGGCCGUUCUCUGUUGGAGGCGUCUUAGGGGUCAGACGACGAAGAAGAUGCAGAAUUCGGAAAGCACAAUUCCUGUACCAACCACGCUCGAAUUGCGGUGA